CAUCCAAAAACGCCGGCCAAGAAUGGCAUAGCCAAUCAUAGUGGUCUCACACCGUUGACAUUGGCUUGCAAACUCGGACGCGCUGAGGUCUUUCGUGAGAUGUUGGAGCUAUCGGCGCGUGAGUUCUGGCGUUACAGCAACAUUACCUGCUCUGGCUAUCCGCUCAACGCCUUGGAUACUUUGUUGCCAGAUGGACGCACAAACUGGAACUCUGCUCUCUUCAUCAUAUUGAAUGGCACCAAGGAGGAGCAUUUGGACAUGCUGGACGGUGGUAUCAUUCAACGUUUGCUAGAAGAGAAAUGGAAGACUUUCGCUCAAAAUCAGUUUCUAAAACGUCUGCUAAUCCUGACAAUACAUUUGGUUUGCCUAUCUGUUUCGGUUUACAUGCGUCCUGCUCAUGUAGCGGACGAUGACGAGGAUGAGACAGCGCUUACGAACGGUGCUUCUAAGGGCUCAAAAGCAGUUGAGCUCGCUGAGGAGACGGAAGAUGAGGAGUACGAUGUGCAGACUAUUGCGCGCUAUUGUGCUGAGUUUGCAACCAUUGUCGGCGUAUUGAGCUACGUCGUUUUCCAGCAAGGGGAUGAGAUUAAAAACCAAGGACUUCCGGCUUUUCUUAAACAAUUGACCCAUGCUCCGGCCAAGGCCAUUUUUCUAGUAUCAAAUCUGUUAAUAUUGGCAUGCAUACCUUGUCGUCUGAUGGGCGAUACGGACACGGAGGAGGCUAUACUCAUAUUUGCUGUACCAGGUAGCUGGUUUUUGCUCAUGUUUUUUGCUGGAGCCAUUCGUCUCACUGGCCCAUUUGUUACAAUGAUCUAUUCCAUGAUUACGGGAGAUAUGUUCACUUUUGGCAUUAUCUACUCCAUUGUACUCUGUGGCUUUUCACAAGCAUUCUACUUUCUUUACAAGGGUCAUCCGCAGAUUCAAUCGACUAUGUUCAACACCUUUCCGAGUACUUGGAUGGCUUUAUUUCAAACAACACUUGGUGAUUAUAAUUAUCCGGAUUUGAAUAACACAACCUAUCCGAAUUUAUCGAAGACGGUAUUUGUAAUUUUUAUGAUAUUUGUGCCGAUACUCUUGUUAAAUAUGUUAAUCGCCAUGAUGGGUAAUACUUAUGCACAAGUUAUUGAACGAUCCGAGAAGGAGUGGAUGAAGCAGUGGGCAAAAAUCGUGGUCACAUUGGAACGCGCAGUGCCACAAGCCGACGCUAAAAAUUAUCUUGAAGCUUACUCAAUACCACUGGGGCCGAUCGAUGACUCCGGCUAUGAGGUGCGUGGCGUAAUGGUCAUCAAAAGUAAGGCGAAGACAAGAGCUAAGCAACGCAAGGGAGCCGUAUCUAAUUGGAAACGCGUUGGGCGC